UGUCCUGUGCCUUUAAGAAGCUCCACACCGCUGCUGCGCUUGGCUUUUCUGUUUUUUCCACCGGUGUGUUUCACUAUGGCGAAGGCAUAAACAAAUAGAGCGCUACGCAAUGGGCAGCAAAGCCCCAGUUAACGGUGAACACAUCUCUCCGUCACGCCACUUCAUAAGAGAGUCCUCACGGUCUUAGUUCAGUAGGUUGUGCUUUCGCUUUUUUUUUUUUUUUUUAAUAUUUGGUGUGGUCAUAGUCUCAGAUGCUGUCAGUGACAACAGCGAUGAAAAUAGUUUGCGUGUCCACAGUGAACACCUCAGUUGUAGCAGCAGCCGGUGAUACAGGCUAGCCGAGCGUAGCUGCUCGCCCCCGGACGUUUCUUUCGCGUUUUAACGACUGAACAUGGGAAGAGGAGAGCGCUAACGUCGCGACCGUCAGCUCAUAACAACACAGAUUUUUUUGAUCCACUCUGCGAGCUUUAGUCCGCUCCUGCUCUUCAGUUCAGUGCGAGUUGAGCCGUCGUGAAAAAUGUUGACAGGAUCUAAAACCACGUUCAAAGUGAGACAAAUGCUCCCAGACAUCAAGGAGAGGAUGCUGAGUCAGACCGGGGUAAACGCGAGGAGUCGAGAUCUGUUUGGGCUCCGAUGCCUACCAGGCGAGUGUGUACUUCAGAGAGCUGUUAUGGUGAGGAAGAAGUUGACUGCCAGGGAAGGAAGAGGCUGGCUGUCUGGGACCCUCUUCUGUACUCACUUCAGAGUGGCCUUUGUGCCCCAGGACAGUCCCAAACCUGACGACAAUGCAGACCCAGUGCUACUAGGAGACCACGAUGUGGCUUUGGCAUCUAUAGAGAAAGUUGUUGUUGUGGGCCCAAACAGGACCAAGCUGGUGACACCAAACUCCUCGCUGAAGUUCACUCCGGAGGAGCUGGUGCUUUACUGCAGGGACAUGCGAGUCGUCUGCUUCCUUUUUGACCGCCUCACUCCUGAGUCACAAGUCCAAGAGAUGACCUACAGCAUCGCUAAGACCUACCAGCCUCCCAAACCAGGGUCUGUGUUAUCUUUCCAGAACGCCGCCCUCGGCAGUGUAGAAAUGAAGCAGUUUCUAAGCAACCGUCGCCGAGACGCCCACAUGAACUGGUUUGAAUCUGCCUCGGACUGGGAGCAGGAGCUGGAACGCUGUGGAGCCACUAGCUGGAGGGUCAGCUCAGUCAAUGACCGCUUUGAAAUGUCAACCAGCCUGCCUCGCUUCAUCGUGGUCCCACAGAAGGUUUUAGACACCGAGCUGAAGAAAAGCUUCGCCCACUUCAAUGAAGGACGCAUCCCUCGCUGGUGUUGGCGACAUCCCAGAGGCAGUGAUCUACUGCGAAUGGCCAGCUUCCAGAAUAACAUCUACCAUGAGAAAGAUGACAUCAGAAACCUGGAGAUGAUCCUGUUUGGUUGCCAGUCCUCUUUGUGUGUGGUGGUGGAGCUGGGCGAGGAGCUGCCCUCGCCUGCCGACAUCCAGCUGGCACACAGCCGCCUGCGCGCCCUUUGUCUGGGAGAUAUCUCCACAUCUAUGUCGGUGCCUGAUGACAAAUGGUUAUCUACCCUGGAAAGCACCCACUGGCUAGACUACACAAGGUCCUGUUUGAGGAAGGCUUCAGAGGUAGCCUGCUUGCUUCGUGGUGGUCACCUGACUGUGGCACUUCAAGAGGUGGAGGACCGGGACAUGAGUUGCGUGGUCUCCAGCCUGGUGCAGGUGAUGUGUGACCCCCACUGUCGGACAAUGUAUGGUUUCCAGGGUCUGGUGCAGAAGGAGUGGGUGAUGGGCGCGCACCGCUUCUACAGCCGCAUUAACUACCACCGUGACAACGACAAGGAGGAGGCUCCAGUCUUCCUGCUCUUCCUGGACUGCGUUUGGCAGCUGUGGUCCCAGUAUCCCUCUCGCUUCCAGCUGACAGAAGACUUCCUGUUGGCACUGCAUGACAGCGUCCACCUGCCACUCUUCUCCACCUUCCUGUCAAACUGCCAGCGAGAGAGAUGCAAACGCUCCCAGAAUCUCGGGCAGUGCUACACGCCCGUCAACGGCUGGAGAGAUGUGCUGCAUCCAGAUUCUUCCACAGAUCCGUCUGACCCUCCACUGCCCCCGGUGUGGGACUGGUCCCUGCAGUACAGCAAGCCGAGACAAAGCCGUUUCACGCAGCCCGUGCCCCCGACUCCUCCGCUCCAACCGCUGCUCAACGGCAACCUCAACACCAACCCCGACAAACACAGGCUGACCGACGCCGUCCCGGGCUCAGUGUUUCUGCUCUCGCGGGGCACCUUCUCCUGUCCAACUAACCUGCUUCCGUGGCGCAACAGCAGCAGCAGCAGUUCAGGUGUUUACAAAAAGAGCCACCGGAGGGCGCUGUCCUCUGAGAAUGUGCCUGGCCUGGAGAGACUGCUGAAAGCUUGGGCUCUAGUUGAGUUUCCCCAGGCCCUCACAUCUACGUCUGGACCUCAAGGACCACUUGACCCCUAUGAGCCCUUACUGCCCCUUCUUAUGGGCCCCUGCAUGGGCCUGUGGAGGGAGUGCUACCUGCGCGGGGCGCUCCAUGCGCAGGCGUUCUCUCACCCCCUCUCUGCCAACCACCUCCACCCUGUGGAGAGGCUAGCGCAGGAGGUGCAGCAGCUCAAAGACAAGCUAGAACAAGUCUCCACCAGCACGGAUCCUACCCCGCCCGCCGUGACAGCCGAGCCCCGGAGAGCCGACACCAACCUGAACCAGAACACCAACAACGGCACCUUCCUCUUCCCGGCGUCGAGGCCUCAGAGCGCAGGCGCUCUCAGAGCAGCACCCCUCCCUACCUCGGCCAACCAACACACCUCCAGGGGCGCUCCCGCCGCCUCUGCUCCACAAUCCAGGCCUGCUCACAAAGACACGGGUGGCAGCAGCAAGCACACAUUCCUGUUUGGGCACUCGUCUGUGAUUGAUGCACAUCCUGACCAGCGAUACUACUCGGCGUCCAGUAACGCCAAGCUGCCUAAGAGUAACGGACCCUCGCUAGCUUCCUGAGAUCUGACCGUUUUCCACCCCGUGACCGGGUACUCUAACCAAAUGACACAGACAUGUCCCUCAGUGGUGCCACGAACUGAGAGGAGCAGACGUGUAAUAACGUGUCCAUAAGGCGAUUAGAAACAGAGACAUUGUGACGGACCACAUUGAACUGAAGCUGUAUGAAAUGAUCAGUGCAAGAGCUCUUUCCUCUGCUACUUAUCACGUGUACUGUAUCAAAUAAUGUGACAAGUCUUUUGUAUAUUUGAAUAAAUAUUCCUUUAAUUAAAUUGCAAAGAAAAAAAGUCAUGCCUGAAGGUGCUGAAUGCUGGAAGUACACCUCACAGUAUGCAGAAACCGUCGCCGAGACUAUUUCUUUGUAAACUUCCUGAUGUCACCCUUUAAGAAAGAGACAGAAAGCUUGUCGUUUCUAUUUUUACCUUCUUAUCCACGGGGGGGUUGCACUGACAGGGCGGAGUGGAGAUAAAUGUGUUAAGCGAUGGGUCCUACAGGCACUUUUCAGGACGUGAUCUAGAAUGGACACACUUGAGCGUUUCAAUGGAUUUAACCUCUGACCUGUGUGCCCUUAAGGCUCCAUGCCUCCAGAAGACUUUUUUUUUUUUAAGUUGGUAACUCUUAAUGAUUUUUUCUUUGUUGCUGUUUGUCAACGUCAAAUAGAAGAUUAAAUUAUUGUUUGGAAAAUAAUAAUUUCCAAAAACCGUCAUUUUCUAACUCCAGGCGCUGCGACCAGUUGAAUUUAGGGCAUGAGCGCUAUUUUGGUACCGCUGUGCUCUCAUAUCUCUCCGCUCACAUGCACGCUGCUCGGGAGCAGCGAGAGGCCUAUAUUCAGUUUAUGGUGUUAUGUCAGCCUGGAGUUUUCUGGAUGUUUCUGCAGUUCCUGCAUGAUGAAGAUCAUUUCAGGGCUUUAGUAUGAUAUGUGUUUGUAUUGAUCGCUAAUGGACAUGUGGAUACGUGUGAUUAUUUUCAACCAAAGUUGGUAUUAUUUGAAAAUGUUUCCAUCAUUUUUAUGGUGGUGAAAAAAAACAAACAUAAUUGUGCUCUUUUGGACUUCUGUACCUUGAGAAGGUAGCAGUGUUUGAAGUAAAGGGAGGCUCCGUUCCUCCUGUGUUUACCUUCUAUUUGAUCUCCUCACGUCCUGCCUGCUGCCGUAUUAGUAUGCAGUCAGCAUUUAGGUCAAGGAUUUGUCUGAAAAGCACAGAGGGAAGUAUUUGGUCCUGCACCUUUAAAUCCAAACAGUUUGCAUGAUGUGGGUGUCGAGUAGAUGCACUGGCGUCAUUCCCACGGAUGAAUGAAUUUGCACCAUUGCUAAAAGGGAUGUUUAAAGUAUCCAUUAUCAUUAUUCUUUCUUUUUAAACGCAGGAUAACAGUUGUCAGAUGUCCGUCUGAUACCGGCCUUCUCUCAUGUCAAAAGGUACCUCACUUGAUAGCACUAUGAAUUAUUCAAUUGCUGUAAAUAUUCAUUAUGUCAAUAUUAAGGCAUUGACUUCAGCUACAGUUUCAGAGCUUUCCAGGUGUGAUGCCAAUGGAUUUGCUGGUCUUCUGCGGAAAAAGGGGAAAAAAAGUCAUCGUUGUCCCGUUGCAUGGAAGAUCUAAUUUGAUCUUCAGCUCACACCUGCUGCUGUGUCUUUGUAUCAUUUCAUGUUUUUGGUACUUACAUUUGCCAGAUGUACAUAUUUUUCUUUUUUUGUACUCGCAUGUUUUGAUCCCUGAUAAAUAAAAAGAGAAGUGUUACCAGCUC